AUGGGUGCCGACGUGACCUUGCCGUUGCUGCCGAGCAACGGACGCCCAUCAGAAGACCAGACCUCGCCUCCCCACCUCAGCGUGUUCCGGAACGGUGGGGAGACAGCUUUGGAACCUGGCGAUGCACCCGAGUAUCCGCAGAGCUCCGCUUCGAGUGCCCAAGGAGUGCAGCUGUCCCUGUUUUCAGAAGAUAUGCGAGAGAGUUUGAAUAACAUUGUGCGCAAGGUGGGUAACACCAUGACACAGGAGGCCAGGGGGUCGGCGGCAGAAAGCUCAGCAGGGCUCGGUCCGCAGGUGAGCCUCCCUGCUUCUGCACCGACGUUGCGACCCGCUCUUGCCACCGUUUCUGGGUCAUCCGUUCCGCCCUCGCAAAGUUUGGGGCCAUGUGUUCAAGGAUCUAAUUAUGCAGCUUCGUCACUGCCACUGCGGCCUUCGUAUUCGACGCAACGCCAAUGA